CGCCUCCCACCGCUCCCCUCGUCGCUUAGGCUUCAUGCUCGGAACGCCCAAGACGGCCUACAACUAUACCUACAUGUCCGGAUGCCUCCCAUGCAGAUAUCCAUGUACAGGCUCCGUCCCAGGUUCUUUGCACACCGACAUAGCUCCUGCGUCUCCAUCACGAUAGACCAUCGCUGGCCCGCCUCGAGCAUGAUAGCCCUCCCUCCCCUAGCGCUACCGUAGCGUAAGGCCAAGCGAUAGGAGAGCAAUAGGAGAGAGAGCAAGACUACGAAUGGGAAGACAACCAUGCCCCUCUUAUCCAAGCUAAUCAAGAAAGUAGUUUCCACACUACCAUCCAAGAGCAAGAGAAAGAAAGACGGUGACGAGAGCAGCGUCAACGACGUCUCUUCAUCACUGCCAACCCCGGCACCCACGUCGCCACGACCCCACCGCCGCCAUCACGACCACACCGACGUCGUAUCCGGGGAAACAACAAUCCUCGCCAACCCCCACAACCUUCAUCAGUCUGCCACCAUGGCUGAUGGUGAGCCAGAUUACAGCUCUCUGCCCCUGACAGAGCGAUGGGUUCACAAGGUCUGGAAGGUUCGCAAACAAGCCUACGAAGAUGCCGCCAAACAGUUCGAGCUCACUCCCGACGAACAUGAUCCCGCUUUUAAACCCUUCAACCAAGAUCCUAGUUUAUGGAAGGGCGCCGUCGCUGAUUCCAAUGUGGCUGCCCAAACCGACGGCAUAGCCGCCUACUGCGCAUUCCUCAAGUUUGGUGGCCGCGAGAAUUGCGUUCGCUCGCGUGGCCAUGUCAUUACACCCAUAGUUGAGAAGGGCCUCAUAUCCACUCGCCCGGCCACCAAGGCCUCCUCUCUUGAAGCCCUCCUCUUAUUGAUUGAAAUCGAUGCCGCCGCCCCAGUAAUUGAAGACAUUCUCCCUGCCGUAUCCGCAAAGUUGCCCAAGGUCAUCGCUGCUGCACUUGCCGCCCUUACUUCCAUCUAUCACAACUAUGGUUGCAAGGUGGUGGACCCGAAGCCUGUCCUUAAAGUUCUCCCUAAGGCCUUUGGGCAUGCCGAUAAAAAUGUCCGAGCUGAGGCCACGAACCUAGCUGUCGAGUUCUACCGUUGGCUGCGCGAUGCCAUGAAACCUAUGUUUUGGAACGACCUGAAGCCUACACAACAGUCAGAUCUCGAGGCUCAGUUUGAAAAGAUUAAGGCCGAGCCAGCGCCUAAGCAGGAAAGACUUUUGCGGUCUCAGCAAGAGGCUAUGGCCCGAGCCCCGCCGCCUGGUGCCGAGGCUGAAGAUACAUACGAUGGCGAUGAUGCUGAAGAACCUGCCGAAGUCGAUGCCUUCGACUUGGCCGAACCCCAGGAUGUGUUGUCCAAGGUCCCGGCCAAUUUCCACGACAACCUUGCUUCGUCCAAAUGGAAAGACCGCAAAGAGGCGCUCGAAGCACUCUUCGCCGCCAUCAACGUGCCAAGAAUCAAAGACGCCGAUUUCAACGAGAUCAAUCGGGGUUUGGCCAAGAGCAUGAAGGAUGCGAACAUUGCUGUCGUCACCCAAGCUGCUCAGUGUAUCGAGGUGUUAGCUAUGGGCCUGCGGAAGAGCUACGGCAAAUACAGAUCCACGGUCAUGCCUCCUAUUAUGGAGCGUCUAAAGGAAAAGAAACAGUCGGUGGCCGAUGCCCUCGGUGCUGCCCUGGAUCAAGUCUUUCUAGCGACAAGUUUUUCCGAAUGCUUAGAAGACAUCCUAGCUUUCUUGAAUCACAAGAACCCCCAAGUUAAAGAAGGCACCCUAAAGUUCUUGGUCCGCUGUCUUCGGACGACGUGGGAUGUCCCUAGCAAGCAAGAAGUGACCAGUAUCGUCGAGGCAGCCAAGAAAUUGCUUUCCGAGUCGAGUGAAGCACUCCGGUCUGGCGGCGCUGAAGUGCUGGGAACAGUCAUGAAAAUCGUGGGUGAACGUGCCAUGAACCCCCAUAUGGAAAGUUUGGAUGAUAUCCGAAAAACAAAAGUCAAGGAAUUUUUCGACAAGGCAGAGGUCAAAGCGAAGGAUAAGCCCAAGCCUGCACCCACCCCAGCAGCAGCGAGGGCACCCGCAGGCGGACCCAAAAAGGUGGUUGGAGCAGGACUCAAGAAGGCCCCAGGUGCCGUGAAGAAGAUAGUCCCCGCCGCAAGUGCGCCGCCGCCACCCGCAGAACCUGUAUCACCACCAGCGCAAGCGAGGUCGAAGCCGGCUGGGCCGAGUAAAUUGGGGUUACCCAAGCCAGGGGGGCCCACAGGCCUGAAAGCGCCACAACGUCGUCUCGCCGCACCGGGCGUUGGUUCUCCACGAAGAGCUGCGGCACCGCCACCACCGCCACCUCCUGUAGAAGAUGAAGAACCCAUAGCCGUCUCACCUCCACCCAAACCACGAAUCGGACUUGGUCGAGGUGGCUUGGCAGGUCGGUCCCUGGCUAAACCGAGUGCUGCGCCGACUCCGGCGCCCAUAGCAGCCUCAGCGGCCCCUACGAGCGGACUGGCGGCAAUGGAGAGGGCCGAACUCGAAGAGCUUCGGACAGCCAACGAGCAGCUUCUUCGGCAGGUUGAUGAGCUGCGCCACGAUAAAAGCAAGCUUUCAUCUGAGAUACAAGAGUUGAAGAACCAGAAUGCCGGGCUCAUUGAGGAUCACACUCGAGACCAUCUGAGUAUCAAAGCCAAAGAGACGCAACUUGUUCGUGCGCGCAGUGACGCGGAAGCAGCCGAGCAGGUAAACGAAAGACUUCGGCGGGAAUUGGAACGUCUCAAGCGCGCUCUUAGUAGGGCUGAGGGGCUAGGCGUUUCUGGUGGUGGCGGCGGUGUGACGAGCCCAACGGUCAUGAGCCCCACACACGACGACAUGGGCAUCUACCGUGACGGUUCCAACAGCGCCGGCGCUCGGUCGAAUCGGAUGAGUUACGCGAGCACCAUGUCCGAGGAGAAGGAGAACGGCGAUGCACCGCCCCCGUAUGCUCGCAGCAAGCUCAGUCCAGAAGUGAGAUAUACCAGCGGCUCGAGCGGGCGUGGUAGUCCCGCGCGGGGAUUCAGGGGUGCAAACACAAACACGGACGAAGCGGCCCAUGGCACCACUGCCUCGGCGAGUAACGGUGUGGAAAGCUGGAGGAGAGCGGCAGAGGUCACGAGUCAGCUUAAGGCUAGGAUAGAGCAGAUGAAGGCCAAGCAAGGGUUCAACAGACCAUGAAGUACAUGAAUAAUGUGAAACUGUUAGAAAUGAGGGGGAAAUCACCUUUCUGUUGUCAGUUCGCCUUAAGGUACUGGGGCGUAGGCUGAAGGAAGUUUCUUGUAGAGAUGGUGGGAUUAAUUGUGUGUAGGUAUUGUUUCGAGGUGUAGAGAGGGGUAGAGUGCAUUUUUACGGCGUCCAUGGAUUAAUUAAUACCCCCCUGUGUACCGUUCAUUGAAUGUUCUGUUCUUAGAGGCUGAGAGUUGCGAGAAGUGAGAGAAAAGAGAAAGAAAUGAGAAAUAAGAAGUGUUAGAUAUACUUGUUAGAUAUACUUGGAGUGUCUAUCUGCCUAACUCUGUGAUGGAUGAUGAUAUGAGAAGGUUUGGAAAGCACGAAGGAGGAAAUGAGUUAUUGGGUAGAUAAAUAAUACCGCUAUAGAAAUGUAUAAUGCUUAAGGUGUUGGUUGAUUUACUUCCUUGAGAGAGGUUAGAAGUGAUAUACGUGAUGAUGAGGGUGAUAAUUAAUGUGAAGAAAGUGUAAGUUGGCAUGUAUAUAGGUAGUAGGUCUCUAUUGAAAUGAAUGAGGGGAAGUCGAUGAGGGUAUUGGUUAAAUAUCAAUCGAAGUGUAUCCUGAAGAUUCGUCCCUACUCAAGAGCUAUCUGAAACGAGGAUUGGUCUGAUUAUUGGCAGUUUAUCAAACUGGUCAUCAUCGGGUAAAGUAGCAUUGGCUCAGAGUGAAGUUUGAGGGCCGUAUGCAUUUGUUGAUAA